CUGCUUUUUCCUUCUGCGAAAGCAGAGUGAGACACAACAGUGUUUGAGGAACAAGAAGAGAAAGGAGAGAUGCCACUGGGGGGGUUUGCGGGUCUAAAGGAGAAGGUGCUCAAGCCAGGGAAGGAGGAGUUGAAGAACAAUGUUGGUGACUCUCUGGGGAACCUACAGAAGAAAAUUGAUGGCACUAAUGUGGCUGAGGAGGACAACAUUGAGCUCACAGAAGAUGGUCGGCCAGUGGCAGCCCCCAAACGCAACCCACCCCUGUUGGAUUGUGGGUGCUUUGGCCUUCCCAAACGUUACAUCAUUGCCAUGCUCAGUGGACUCGGCUUCUGCAUCUCAUUUGGCAUCCGUUGCAACCUGGGUGUGGCCAUAGUAGAAAUGGUCAACAAUAACACCGUCUACAUCAACGGGACUGCCGUAAUGCAGCCAGCUGAGUUUAAUUGGGAUCCAGAGACAGUGGGUUUGAUACAUGGAUCUUUUUUCUGGGGCUACAUUGUCACUCAAAUCCCCGGAGGAUUCAUCUCCAACAAACUAGCCGCUAACAGGGUCUUUGGGGCAGCCAUUUUCUUGACCUCACUGUUAAACAUGUUUAUUCCAUCAGCUGCUCGGGUCCAUUACGGCUGUGUCUUGUUUGUUCGAAUCUUGCAAGGACUAGUCGAGGGUGUCACUUAUCCAGCUUGCCAUGGGAUGUGGAGCAGAUGGGCUCCUCCGCUGGAAAGAAGCCGUCUGGCUACUACCUCUUUCUGUGGAUCUUAUGCAGGAGCUGUGAUAGCAAUGCCAUUGGCUGGAAUAUUAGUGCAGUAUGUUGGCUGGCCCUCUGUCUUCUAUGUAUAUGGUGUUUUUGGCAUUAUAUGGUACACAUUCUGGCUCCUGCUCGCUUAUGACAGCCCGGCCAUACACCCUACGAUCAGCGAGGAAGAAAGGACGUACAUAGAGACCUCGAUUGGAGAGGGAACCAAUCUGAUGAGUACUACUGAGAAAUUUAAAACUCCUUGGCGUGAAUUCUUUACAUCUAUGCCCGUCUACGCUAUUAUUGUGGCAAACUUCUGCCGCAGCUGGACCUUCUACCUCCUGCUCAUAAGUCAGCCGGCUUAUUUUGAAGAGGUCUUCGGGUUUCCCAUCAGCAAGGUGGGCAUUUUGUCAGCCGUACCUCACAUGGUGAUGACGAUUGUUGUGCCGAUAGGAGGCCAGCUGGCUGAUUUCCUGAGGAGUCGGAAAAUCCUCUCUACCACAACUGUGCGCAAAAUCAUGAACUGUGGAGGUUUUGGCAUGGAGGCCACACUGUUAUUGGUGGUGGGGUUCUCGCACACACGUGCAGUGGCUAUUACGUUUCUUAUCCUGGCUGUGGGCUUCAGUGGAUUUGCGAUAUCAGGUUUUAAUGUAAAUCAUCUGGACAUCGCUCCUCGCUAUGCCAGUAUUCUCAUGGGCAUCUCUAAUGGAGUGGGCACCCUGUCUGGUAUGGUUUGCCCCCUAAUCGUUGGAGCACUCACCAAACACAAGACUCGUCUUGAGUGGCAGCAUGUCUUUGUGAUCGCAUCCAUGGUGCAUUACUCCGGUGUGAUCUUCUAUGCCAUCUUCGCCUCCGGUGAGAAGCAGGUGUGGGCCGAUCCCGAGAGCACCAGUGAUGAGAAAUGUGGCAUCAUUGGUGAAGAUGAGCUGGCUGAUGAGACAGAGCCCAACACUGAUAGUUCCUUGGCAAUCAAGAAGAAGACCUACGGCACCACAGACAAUUCCUCAGGGCGUAGACAGGGCUGGAAGAAGAAGAGAGGGGUUACCAUGCAAGACGAUGAAGAUCAUGAAUCGAAUCAUUAUGAAAAUGGGCAGUAUCAAAACUAAUAUCAAUGACAUUUUGUCAGCAAAAGCCCAGGACUGCCCUUUCAUCCAAAGAGUGAUGCGGUUUUGAAGUGUUUAAUUAACUGCGGUCACCCCACCACUGGACUACAGUACAACAUUUGACAUUUAACAUAAUAUAUGUUUUAGGAGAAACAUUUUGGAUGGCGUCUUUUCAUUUCACCCUGUUAAUGGAACAGAUGCAUGAUGACGGUCAAUGGUGUGUUAGUUGUUAUUUAAAAUGGAGAUUUUUAGCCUUAAACAAAUAAAGAGCUCAGAUGCAAAAUCCUCUAAGUGUGUCGGACAUGUUUUCCUAUAAAUGAGCAUAGGCUCUUAUGUUUAGGUUCAGUAAUUUCACUUUAAUGGCAAUGAAGUCCAUGCAAAAAUAUCUACUUCCGAAAACAUGUCCUUUCUGAAUAAAUGUGUUCAAUAUCCUAAUAUAUUUUGUAAACAUCCAUUAACUGGGUAAAGAAAAUCUUGCACCUUGAUGUACAUGCGCCUCUAUUCAAUUCAUCUUUUGUGCAUUUAGAGGACUUUGCUGAAAAAUCAUUGUGGUGUUUAACAGAUUCUGCCAACAAAAUGGUAUUUUUGAAAGCCAGAGACCGGGAUAAAGUGGAUUUGAAGCGAAAGUAUUUGCUGAACGUAUAAUACGUGCCGAGAGCAUUCCGUUCAUUUUUGACAUAGGUGACGUUUAGUGGCUUUUGCAUCUGAGCUUUUCAAAUAUAAUGAAGGAAGUUUCAGCUAGUGGCUACAUACAGUGGCCCCAAAAAGUAUUGAAAUACUUUUAGGAUUAAUUUCCUUACAGGAAUGGCAUCUGCAAGCAAGUUAUUUGAGACCUUUUCUUCACAUUUUCACAGUUUUUUUACCCUGUCUGUGAAAUCCAGACUAAAGUCUCAUAAUUUAAUUUUGAGUUUAGGGACAUCAAAGUUAGAUUUUAAUCUAUUUCAAACUUUGACAUUGCCUUACUCAGUCAAUAUUAAAGAUAUCAAGGUUAUAUUUUCACAGAAUGAUCUUUACAUUAUCUUUACAUAUCACAGAUUGGGUCACAUUAAACCAACUUGUCUCAAGGCAGUUUUAGUUUUCAUGUUCGCACAGGUGUCCCAGUGAACAACCAGUUAAAAUAAAAGUAUGCUUAAAUUGUUCAAAUACUUAUUACCUUUAUUUUCAAACCUUUUUUAUUUCGCUUAAAAAAGUGUGCUCAUACUAUUUUUUAAUUAAUAAAUGCUGUAUGGCUUGGUAUUUUGUAUUAAGUGUAAAACAUAAAUACAUUAAAUACUUUUGGGGCCACUGUAAUUGUCUAAAAAACAGAGACUAAAAUGAACAUUGAAGUGCAUUAAAAACAGGAUUAAUAACAUUUUAAAUCAUAAUUUUGUUUUAAAGUCGUGUUAUAUUUAAGGCUGACAGCAGAAUAUGCAUAGGUUAUUUUUUAUGUUAUGUUUGCUGUUGUCAGCUAUGCAAAGGAAAAACUGUAUAGUGAGUCAGAUUAAUUUUAGGGUAAAUACUCUCUCUGUGCAUCCAUGGGUUUUACAGUUAUUCAAGCUCCACAUUAGAGCUUUAAAAAAAUCUGAUGGUUAUGGUAAGGAUGGUGUUUUAUUUUUUUACUUAGUUGGAUACAUUAUGUCCACCUUUAAUAUUUCCUAAUAUAGUACAUCGUUUACAGACUUUUAAUGUGGGAGGGCUAUGGCUGGUAUUUAUGUUUGUUGAAUUGAAACUACAUAUUGAAUUGAAUUUGGAUGAUAUUUCACAAAAACCUGCAAUGUGCCUGUUUUUUUUUUUUUUUGCACAGUACCUGUUAUGACAAAGACAUUUCAUUGCUUUUACUGUACGUGGACGUCAAGAUGAUUGUUUAAAACGUGCACUUUACCAUUGCAUCACUGUAAAUGAUAAUGUAUAUUUAAGUGUUUAUUUGAAGGACAAUACAAAUGCUUUCAGUACAUUUAUCUGUAGUGUAUUAAAAUGUCUUCAAAACAAACCAUAACAUUGAAAAAGAAAAUUAAAUUAAAUUGCACAUACAUAAGACAGUAGCAGUUUAAUACCAUCUUACAGUAUUAAUGAGUUAAGUGAGGAACAAAUGAAAUCGAAGUAGAUGUAAUUGAAACGUCUCUCUUUCUCUCUCUCUCUCUCUCUCUCUCUCUCUCUCUCUCUCUCUCUCUCUCUCUCUCUCUGGUCCCUAAUUGUCACUGGGGCAGUAAGGUCAUAAGAUUAGAUACCAUUUAUACAAAUAUGUAUACAUAUAGCAAUACCUCUAAGGUACUAAGAUGAACUCUUUAGGUUUUUGUAUGAUUCAAUUUCAUACAAAUUAGCCACAUUGUAGACUGGCAAAAAU